AUGUCCCCUACUUUACGAAAAAUCUCCUCGCUCAAUCGCUCAUUCGCUUCAAUGGAUCCGGGAAGUCGUGGUGAAUCGCUGUUGGAACUAGAAGCAAUUGCCGUGACUCCAAAUUUGUUCAACUAUCUUCUAGCUGCCGUUCACGAAUUAUCCUUUGGCGUACAGUCAAUCAGUAUUUCCGAGAUGUUGCCACGGACUCCAGAUUUGAUUUUCGUCAAUUUGACCACUCUAGAAGAGCAGCCAUUUUGUGUGGAAUUAACGCACAAAGGUUGGCGAAUCACAUCGUUACGAUGCGACUGCAUGAUGGGCGAUUUUACUCGUCUUCAACUCUUCGUGAAAUAUUAUGAUUCACUCCAUUCGUUAAUGUGCGAAAUAUCGUCUGGAUAUCGUUCGCGCUCGGACGAGAGGAUCGCACAUCAAUUGAAUAUCGUUGAGGUAAGGCGAUAG